UGAGUUCCGGGCCCCCUACUGGGCCUGCUCAGAACAACCUAAGCACAGCAGCUCCAGCCGGGUCAAGGACUCAGGGCCUCACUGCGUCGUGUGCUUAGGUUGUAGAAACUAGAACGAUUGGAAAGUAAGAACUUCUAAGAACUAAUCAAAAUAUGGAGAGGGAAGAAGAUGACGAUGUUGUCUGCUUAGACGAGUCUUUCUUCAUUAACGACAACUAUCAGCUUACAACCUUUACGUUUGGGUCUCAAGUGCUUGAGCUCUAUUGCCUCCAAUCAGCUUCAACUGAUUUUGAUCUUACAGGGCAAUUAGUGUGGCCGGGUGCCUUGCUUUUGAACAGUUAUCUUUCAAAGAAUUCUGACAUGAUCCAAGGAUGUUCUGUUAUUGAAUUAGGCUCUGGUGUUGGUAUUACAGGAGUUCUAUGCAGCCUAUUUUGUAAUGAAGCUGUAUUAACUGACCAUAAUGAUGAAGUUCUCAAGAUCUUGAAGAAAAAUAUAGAGCUCCAUAAAUCUUUGGAAACUCCCAGGAAUUGUGCUGCAGGAUUAGUUGCUGAGAAGUUAGAAUGGGGAAAUCCUGAUCAUAUGAGCCAAAUAUCACAAAAAUAUUCAGGAGGAUUUGAUCUGGUUCUUGGAGCUGACAUCUGUUUUCAACAGUCUAGUGUUCCUCCACUUUUUGAUACGGUGGAGCAGCUGCUUCAUCUUAAAGGGAGCAAGCAAUGCAAAUUCAUACUAGCAUAUGUAUCUAGAGCUAAGAUUAUGGACUCAAUGGUAACAAAUGAAGCUAUUCGCCAUGGAAUGCAAAUCAGUGAAGUACCUGGGACACGCUCUGUGGUAGGAAAUCUUGAAGGUGUUAUCUUUGAGAUUACCCUUCAGUAGAAGGACGAGGCUCAAUUGGGGAGGGAGGAUCUUUUACGGUUUACAAAGUACUCUUAAAAGCAGAAACUCGAAGGUUGCUUUAGGUGAACAUCAAAACCAGGAUCAUGUUGCAACAUAAACAGUGGUUUCACUAAUCAUGAGUGUAAAUCAGCAUCUCAAACGGUUUUGUUCUUUGACCUACAUGCAGAAACAAAAUGAACUCAUGAGGUGAUAUUAUAAGGGCAUCAAAUCCUCAUAAAAUUCUGGAUGUAACCAAGGCACUCAGGAUUUUGGCUGAACAAGUGAGAUUUUCUUUAUUACAUGAUUCAAGUUAUAGAACAAUGUUAAUGAUAUUUAAGGUUGAUUUUUCA